UCCAGUCUCCAUUCAAAUCACACGACGACCUGAUUAAUGACCGAGACCGACUGUUAAUAGACAUAGAAUUAAAGAUAAAAAAGUAUAGAGAUAUAAAACAGUUAAUAAGAGAAUUAUUCUGGAAGCCCGCCCACCUCCGAACUGGUUGUGCGUCGGUGAAAGAGCUCCGGGUGUGUUUGUGUGUGAAAGGUCGCAGGACGCUUCUGUCAGUGUGUUCGUGUGUGUGAUUAUUAGCCUGAAGGAUGUCGAAGCAGCCGCAGCCCAUCAGUCCGCUGAAGAACUUCUUCGCUGGAGGCUUCGGCGGGGUUUGUUUAGUGUUCGCCGGACACCCGCUGGACACCAUCAAAGUGCGACUGCAGACGCAGCCCAAGCCCCGUCCAGGAGAGUCUGCGCUGUACCGCGGGACGCUCGACUGCUUCAAGAAAACACUGGCGAAAGAGGGUGUUCUGGGGCUGUAUAAGGGCAUGGCGGCGCCCAUCAUCGGAGUCACACCCAUGUUCGCCGUCUGCUUCUUCGGCUUCGGACUCGGCAAGAAGCUGCAGCAGAAAACACCGGACGACGUCCUGACGUAUCCGCAGCUGUUUGCGGCCGGGAUGCUGUCAGGAGUCUUCACUACGGCCAUCAUGGCUCCCGGAGAGAGAAUCAAAUGUCUGCUGCAGAUCCAGGCGGCGUCGGGGCAGGUGAAGUACGCGGGGCCGAUGGACUGCGUCAAGCAGCUGUACCGAGAGAACGGCGUCCGCGGCAUCUAUAAAGGCACGGCCCUGACGCUCAUGAGAGAUGUGCCGGCCAGUGGCAUGUACUUCAUGACGUACGAGUGGCUGAAGUACACACUCACACCGGAGGGCAAGAGCCCGACGGAGCUCAGCGUUCCCAGUGUGUUGUUCGCCGGUGGGAUGGCGGGGAUCUUUAACUGGGCCGUAGCGAUUCCUCCGGACGUGCUGAAGUCUCGUUUCCAGACAGCUCCAGAGGGCAAAUAUCCCAACGGCUUCCGGGACGUCCUGCGAGAGCUGAUCCGGGAGGAGGGCAUCGGCUCGCUCUAUAAAGGCUUCACUGCUGUGAUGCUGCGAGCGUUUCCAGCUAACGCGGCCUGCUUUCUGGGGUUUGAAUUGGCCAUGAAGUUUCUGAACUGGAUGGCUCCAAAUCUGUGAUCCGGAGGGACCGGAUGCGAGACGUCGUACGGAUCGAUACGGGACUGUAGCACAUGUUAAUGAACGUCUCGCUGCUUUAUGAUUUAUUUGAGAGGAUUUUAAUCUGUAAUAUUCAGUGCCUUAUAACAGACUGUGAACCAAUUUCUGGCUUCAGGGAAACUGAAUGUUUAUACUGUAGAAUCAGAUGCUUUAACAGUUAGCAGACCUCCAUCUGUACGCUAGCAUUCAUCCGUUUACUGCCUCCAGCCCUCAUGACAGGAAUUCAGUACACAGUCAAGGCCUGUUCUCUUUUAAUUGUUUUGUUCAUUAUGUUUAAUUCACAGUUAUUAUCACCCCACUUCGUGUACAUAAAUAAAUGUAUAUUGAUCAUUUUCA